UGUUAUCAAAGAUAGCGACGAUCGAUCAUCACAAUCGUGAAAAACAGAAACGCUUUGUUUGUUUUAUCAUUUGUUUAUUACGUUCAUAGAGAAAGCUACUAGUUCAGAUUUACGUAAAUAUCUAACAAUAUUGUAAUUUAUAAAUACAGUAUCGUGAUUUAUUUUGGUCAGUCAUUGUGUACAGCGCCAGGCUCGCGAAACCAAAACGUACGGGCGCGGAACAAGGCCCAUAAUUCAAUAUUGCGUAUCGAACAUAUACACGCGUCAAUCACUUUUGAAAAUAAAUGUAACUGUAUAUCCGUACAACGAUAGGAUUGAAAUAAUAGAACGCGAGACCAAAACGUACAGCUUCAAACAAAUGCGUACCGUGGAACUGUAGGAAUUGCCUUUGAAUGGAAUUUCGAGUGGCGAUCAGAACUUUUCAAAAUGGUCGUUUCACCGUCAAUAUAUCCACGUAAACUAAUUGCUCGUCAAAUUUAAAAUAAAUAUCAUACCGUGCGUAGCUUGUUUAUUUAAUAAACGUUUCCGUCCUUAAUUUAAACCGUUUUGAAUACAUCAAUUUUGUUUGCUAGCGUUUGAAAAUGUAGAGAUAUACCAAUACAUAAAUUCAACAGCGAGACGCGAUCCAAUAAAUGAGAAUAGACUUUUUUUUAAAUAUUUACAUUUUUUUUUUACUGUUCAUUUUAUCGCUUCCAUUAAUUUUUUUUUUGAAUUUAUUAUCGAUCGUCGGUACCCUCGACUGUAAAAUUUAUUCGUUCGAAUAUACGACCCAUAAUAUAACGUAUGGGUCCUUGCAGUACGCGUGAAAUACAUACCGUGAAUCUACGACGAUAAUUUUAAAAGAGUUAAAUCGGCGGGCAGUCCAUCGAACUCCGAAAAUAACGAAAGCGCCUCGGGCGCGACAGGAAGCUGAGCGUAACUGGGUCGCAAGUUCAUCAGUGCUAAUUAUUAUUAAUCAGGAAAUCUCGACAGGGUACAAAAUUCCUGUGGAUUUGCAUGAUUACGAAGUGCACUAAAUAACUAGAACGAGGCGUCGUGGAAAUUACAGCUGGGGAUAGAAUUUGAUAAUAACAAUUUGAUCCUUCGUAGGAAAUUACUAUAGGAGGAUCUAUCGAUCGAUGUAAUUGUUGAAAGAGGACCGUAACAAAAUUGGGGGUGGAAACGUUUAAAAUUGUAUUUUCCAUCAAGCAACGAAGAUAUUAAUUUCUUCAUCUGUUGGCCUUCUUCAGAAAUGAUGAAUUAUUAGAUAUUUAUAGUGUUUGUAUAAUUUAUACCGUCGUUAGUGAUUUGUGAAGGUCGGUAAUCUUGGCAGAAACGUCGAAGAAACAAGGAACGCGGUCGUUUUACAUUCGAUUAGCAAAAAAGCAAUACUCGUUCCCGACCUUCCGUAAUUUUGAAAAUUUCGCGCAGGCUGACGCGGCCAUUUGAUUUAUGGAUAAUUCGAGUUACACAAGUUGCAGAAUAUGUACGCUAUGAAUAUCAAUCUUUGUCAUCGAAGUAACCAUGACGCAGAUGGUAUAAAUGGCCGAUUCAUAUUCUCGAGGUCGCGUGUUCCGAGUCCGGUUCACCGAAUAUUUUUUUUUUAAUCGAUUUUUUUUGCAACCGUAACAGCGAUACAUAUGAUAUCGAAUCGUAGUUGGCAUAGUCAGCAUCACAGACUAUAUUUACAUGACCUAUCGUUUCUUUCUUUAAAAAACAGAGAAAUAAAUUCGAUUUAACAAACGUUGAAUUCCUAUUUAGGAUUUCUAAGGGUGGGAGUCUCGAAUCUCCUUUCCUUCGAAUUCUAGAUUUGUCACUGCAUAUUUACUCAGUAUUGGUGGCAAAAAUGGUAAAAAUAAUUUGUGUUAUCACGUUAAAUUCCUAUUGUUUUCAAUAAUUUACACUUAUUUAUGGGAAAUUUUGAUUCUCAACAAACUACAGAAUGCACUUAACAUGCAAAAAUAUAAGAAAUAAAAUAAAAUUCGAUUUAUUAUAUUUAGCAGAUGAGACAACCCUCUACAAAGCUUCAUUUGGUCAAUUCUAUUAAUAAAAAUACGAUAUUUGCAUAAAAAUCCACACUAGCAUCGUAUAAACAUUUGUUCGAACACCACCAGUGUUAAAAUCGUGGGAGGGAUCGAAAUCGAGGUUUACCUCGCCGGCAGCCAUGAUUGCCCGGUAUUCGUAGUGUCGCUACACUCUUAUUUUAUCGGGUACCGAACCACGUUUCAUUACUUCGUCAAAGGAACCAACUAGCGGCCAAGUGUAUAUAAAUAUUACCAGAAAACUCGAUAAUUUUGUGAGAGCAAGCAAGCCAGAAAAACGGAGGGUGCUUGUGUUCAAGCCAGCGUGGAACGAGUUACACGAUUGACCUCCUGGUCUCGUAUCGAAUUAUACACAUCGUUCUGAAAGUAGUAAAAGCAACGUGGAACCGCGGUAGGUGGUCGAAGGAGCGGUGGUCGACUUUUCGCUCCAGUAAUCGUCGAUCGUUUGUCGUACGAACCGAUGGACCUUCAAGAAUCCCGAUGUUUCUUCGUCCUACGUGGACGAUGCAUUUUUAUAAACGAACGGCCUCUUUGAAUUGCAUCGCGGUACGGUUCACCCCCUUUUAUCGAAUUCUUUUCGAGUAUGUUAUUGGAUUCCUUUGUCCCUUGAAACGGUCGCAGUUUGCGCGAAAUAUUUGACGCUCCUUCGAACCCCCAAGCAAUCUUAACUUCCUCUUAACAGAGCAACAACGGGACAUUUUUAAUUAAAAUAAGCUUUUAAAUUAACUACUGUGACGUAUUCAACUGUCAGAAAAACACUAAUAAUGUAAUGCACCAGUGUCAUAAAUAAUACAGUUAUCGGAAACAUUAAUUCCCGUUGGUAAUGUGUUAACUGGAAUUCAAAUUGAUAAUCAUAAUACACCUGAUGGAAGUAUUCGAUGGUUCAAAAUCGUUAAUAUUAUUUAAAAAUUUAUUAGUAUUAGAGUUCGUUCGUCUGAAACUGUUGCAACUAUCGCUUUGAUACAUUUAUUACCGAUUCGUUGGAAAAUAUUUCAAACAAUUCUGUGUUCGAAUUGCAAAAUUUUGAGAAGCAGACUCGCGCUAAUAGCGAGAAAAAUUGCACAAGUAUGGCGUUUCUCGGGGUCAGCCCCGGUUACGGGCUUACGGAAUACUUGAAAGUAUUAAUUGCUAUAGUUGCAUAGAAGACACGGAAGCGGUAGAAAUCGUGACGACACGUCCGUCGACGUUAAAAUAGACAUCCUGGAAGCCGGCUGAGCCUCGAUACUCUGCUAUAGUGCUCGAGGCCGCUAAAUGUAUCAUCGCAGGUAUAUUUAGCCGCUACUGUCAUCAGCCACAUUUGAUCGAAAUAUUUCAGAUUUUAUAAACGACUUUCGUUUAAAAAAAAGAAAUUUUUCUUUGACACAGCGCGAAUCUUACGCGAAAAAUUCGUGUCACUGUUUGCACGAUUUUCGAAAUUCUCUUGUUUCUUGUACGUUACGCCUGGAGGACAGAUUUUACAAUUAAUCAUCGUGCAAAUUACUCCAAAGCAAUCUUUCAUCAUUUCAACAGACACUACAUCAUAAUUAUAUCGUGUACCAUUAAUUAUACGCAAAACCAGUUCGCCGGGGCUGGGAAUUAAAGUUCAGCAAAUAGUGUACUGUCAAUCAGCGUUAUCUGUUUACCGCGCGAACUGGUAACUCGCUAAAUAUAAUGUCUAUGAGAUCAUGUGCGGUUACAUGUGUCCUAUAGCGGGCUCGAGAAACGCUUUACGUUUCUCGAUAGUGGCGAACGUGAUAGCCUUGGCGUCGCGCGAUAUCGGAUAGUGUUUCUGAAAAAAAGAUUAAGUGUGAACGUUCCACAUUUUCUCUGUUUGAGUGCAGUUAAUCGACCGUGGAAGUAAUUAUUCGUCAUCCAACGUCGUCAUUAGCCGGCUAUAUUACGGAAUUCGAAAGUUCCCCAAGAAUUACGCGCCGCACGAAAUAAUUAUGAAUAAUUACGACUAGUAUCCGAGCCUGGGAAACGAACCAAAUAUCUAUAAUUUAAUUUCUGCUUCAAAUGUGUGUUCAACCUCCUGACGUAGAGAUUUUUUGCAAUAUUAAGCCUCUAAUAGCACGGUGGGUGUAAACGAAACCGGUUCGAAAAAUGAAUAAUUUCUUGUUAUCUUAUCUAAUACCUCUCUUUGAGUCACUUCUAAAGUUCUUCUAUGCAUACAUGCGUCUUGCAAUAUAAAAUUGUAUUAUUCAUUGAGUUACUAAAUAAUUAUUUUGGGCGAUGUACGUUUCGAAGAACUUGUGAUCCAAUCGUAUGCGUGUGUGUGUGUAUAGAGAUGAAUCAAUAAUGUAAGUGAAAAUAACAGGCUACGGAAGAAUCGCUAGGAAUCGAUUACCGAUCCGACCGCGCGAUCCGUUCGGGUGACAGUGAAAAGAGGCGAUCGAACUGGAGGAAUCGCGGGGGAUGAUGGAUACGAACGAGUUAAAUUCAAUCGGGGAUCUGUGCACGGAGGAUCGAUCGUUGCUGGUCGUGAUACGAUCGUAAGAUGCCGCAGUACGACGACAGUUUCCUCGACUCGCCGAUUUUUCGGCGACGCACGCGUAGCUACGCGGUGCAGAAAGAGUUCGUGCCGAAGUCGAAAAGCUUUAUCACGGCCACACCUUUGCUGCUAGCCGUGACCAAUCACGCCAGGACUCUUUCCGGUUCCAUAUCGACCUGCAGCUUGAAAGAAGUCGAGGAGCGGUCCGGCGGGAAGGCGCGCGGCGGUAAACUAGCACGUCGUGCGCGCUCCUUCAAGGAGGACUUCCUGGAGAAGCUCUCCCACAUGCGUUCUCCUGGAAGCGGGAGCGGCGGUGGGGGCAGCGGGGCGGCUACACGGGCAGCCUCGCCCUCCUCGCCGCGAACACCCCGCGAUAAAAGCGCGCCCGGCUGUACCGACACCACGACCACCCUCGACAAGAAUCCCCUCAGAGACCUGCACAUCCACGUGCGACAGGUGCAGCUGGCACUGCUCCACUUCAGGGACGUCGUGUCGAAGAAGAAGCUCGAGAUGCUGCCGGGAAAUGGCACCAUCGUCCUCGACACCGUCACCACGAUACACACCGUGCUGAAGUCCUAUCUACUCUCGGAGAACAGUUCUACUUUGGGAUCAGCGACGAACCAAGUGUAUCAGGCCCUAGCACAAUUGUUAAAGCUCUGCGACGAUGUGCUGCUACACGGCGACCAGUCUUCUGCGUUGGACACUGAAAACGUGACGCACAUCAUAGGAUUAGUCGAAGAAGCUGUGAAGAAUCUAGUUGCCCUGGCGAACGAGAAGAUCGCCAACAGACAAAAACCUGCAACCGUCACAACUAGUAAUAGAACGUCGGGUUAUGGGUCGGAAUUGACGCCACAAAGAAAUUCCUUGCCCGAUAUUCCGCUAACCCCGAGGGAAAGGCAGAUUUUAGAGCAAACCGCUGCGACUACUAGUCUGGUCCGUAGUUCGCAUAGUUCAGAGUCGAUUUUAAGGGAUUCUAGUCCACCCCCAAAACCACCACUCCCCGAGAGAACCAACGUGUGUCUGUCGGAGGAGAAUAGUUCGUCCGGGACACCGCCACCUUUGCCCCCAAAACGGAGAACGCGGGCUCAGCAGCUGCUAGACGAGUCCGAGGGUCUCUUAGCAUCUAGUCUUGAUAGGGUCUCCCUUCGAAGUCGAUCUCCAGAGGAUUCGUCGUCUCUUUUAAGCGCGUCGGCUGGCAGUUUGGAUUCGGCUCUGAAUCAUUCUCGCGACGAGGAUGAAAUACGAGCGAUCAUGGGACCAAACGACGAGUCUCUGAACGACAGUAUGGAUCUCAGCCUGAUGGCUACCAUUCAGGGCAUGCAAGUUAAUGGUGCUUCAAACUGUAGUUGCUGGGACGGUUCUGAAACAAGUAUACCGAGCACUAUGUUGUUGGGUCAACAAACUCCCCAAGAAAUGCUUAGUCCAUUUACCGGUAUAGAGGGAAAAAUGGAACGGUUGUCGACCCAGACGCAGGAGUCCGGUUUUGUAUCCAUGCAUUCACAACGAAGUUCAUCCCAAAGUUACACCGCCUCCAGUGUGACAUCAAAAAGAUCGUCUCAGCAGAGCAGCGUUAGUUACAAUUCCCAGACGUUCAAUUCGCAGCAACAAUCGUUCUCUCAGGCCAAGUUGUCCUCGGAUAGCAACGGGUCUAUAUUCACCCAGAAGACAAUGACUAGUUCCAAGAGUACUAUUAGCACAACAAAUAUGUCUGGAAGUGGAGAUCCCGCGCUGUUAGAAAAACUGGUAAACGAAAUUGACUCAAUUUCUGCAUCUGACGCAAACGGCAUGCCACCAGCGUUGCCCGAAAAACGUUCGAAGCGAAGAAAAGAACGUCAGCCAUCGCAGUACGACAAUGUACCUGAGAACGAGCAUUUAUCAACCUGUAGUUUACACACCAGCAAUGGCGAUAGCCCGGACGCCAGUAAACCUCCUCCACUUCCUCCUAAAAAAAGACACAUGUUCCAAUCAGUGGCAUAUUCUGUCAUGGCAUACAUGGAGAUGUUUGGGAACUGUUCCCAUAGUAACAAUGACUUCAUCUCUGGUCUUGGGACGCGCCAUUCAGUGGCAGCUUAUAAUUCAAUGCAAGCAGAAUGGCAACAACACGAGAUGGCCCUUACCACAACACAGUCAUGUUCAUUCAUGGCACAUGCUAUGACUACGUUGCACGAUAGCUCAAAUACCUCCAUAACUAUGACACCACCAACAGCUGAAGUAAUAAAUAAUUCUAGUCUCCCUCCAGUAUUGCCACCAAAGAGAUCUCGUUCCAUCAAAUCGAACGCAACACCGCCGCCAAUUUCACCAAAACCAACCAUCAGCAUGCAAAGUAUACAUACGAUAGAUCCAAUUGUGACAUCAACUCCGGUGAAAACAGAAGAAUCUGUCUGUAUUCACGACAAGAAGGAUCUCACACCUUCGACUCCAGUGAAAUUGAACAACGUUACCUUAGAUACGAUAUUACCGUCUUCGAGACCAGCGAGCAACGCUCUGUCGUCGAUAUCAGUCGACGAAAAUACUCUCGAAUUGAGAGACGUUGAUCAAGAUGAUAGCAUUUUGGACGAACUGGACAUUAGCAAACAUUUAGUCUUUAAAAAGCCUGACGAAGAAGGGCCGGAUAUACGGGGAGGGCAUCCGGAUGCGUUAUUGGUCCAUGCAACCAAAGCUAACAAACACGAUGAAAAAGAGUCAGACUUUCUGUAUCAGGAAGCGUUCUUGACAACGUAUAGGACUUUCAUGCAACCACUUGAAUUAAUUCAAAAGUUACACAGACGUCAUCAACGAUUCUCUUGUUCCGCUGACGUCGUUAAACAAAGGGCAGCCCGCGAAGCGUUUUCCUUAUUAGUUAGAGUUGUUAGCGAUUUAACUAUGUCCGAUCUCGAUGAUACCCUCCUACAAACGUUGAUGGAAUUCGUGCAACAGUUGGUAUGUAGCGGCGAUCUUACUAUGGCAAAGGCAUUGCGCGUUAAAAUUUUGGAGAAACACCAAGCGAAACAGUUACAGUCUACGCAACCAAUUCUUUCCUCCUUAAGUGUAACAACGAAACAAGCUUCCCUUCUCGAUUUUAAGAGCGAACAAAUAGCAGAGCAAAUGACUUUGUUGGACGCGGAUCUGUUCAUGAAAAUCGAGAUACCGGAAGUGUUAAUUUGGGCCCAGGAACAGAACGAGGAACGAAGCCCGAAUCUGACCAGGUUCACGGAACACUUCAACAAGAUGUCGUACUGGGCCAGAUCGAGGAUAUUGGAGCAUAGAUUAGAAAACGAAGCGAAAGACAGAGAGAAAUACGUGGUGAAAUUUAUUAAAAUAAUGAAGCACCUUAGAAAAAUAAAUAAUUUUAAUAGCUAUUUAGCCUUGCUUUCCGCGUUGGAUAGCGCGCCUAUUAGGAGGCUCGAGUGGCAAAAACAUAUUACAGAAGGCUUGAAGGAAUAUUGUGCUCUUAUCGAUAGUUCUAGCAGUUUUAGAGCUUACAGGCAAGCUCUGGCCGAAACGCAACCGCCGUGUAUUCCAUAUAUCGGACUUGUAUUACAAGAUCUUACGUUCGUGCAUAUUGGAAACAGUGAUCUAUUACCGGAUGGCACUAUAAACUUUUCGAAGAGAUGGCAACAGUUUAAUAUCGUUGAAAAUAUGAAGCGGUUCAAGAAAGGGACGUACUCGUUCAAAAAACACGAACGUAUAAUAACGUUCUUCAACAAUUUCAGUGAUUUCCUCUGUGAGGAGGCAAUGUGGCAAAUUUCAGAGAGCAUCAAACCGCGCGGUGGUAAAAAAGUACAGUCGCAGAACUAGAAUAUAUCUAACCCUUUCACUGCCUGUGUCUCGAAAUCGAAAGGCUGAGUCAGUGAAUUAGAAUGUUUAUAUUUAUGAUAUUUAGAUAAAUGCUUCAUUGCAAAUCAAACGAAACCUCAUACAACACUACGAGGGCGGUGAGAGGGUUAGGCGAGAUCUAUCCCGGUUCAACAGCCUCUGUGAGGUUGUGUUUUACUUUAUGGAAAUUUUAAUAUACAAAUCCAUAUUGAAAGAAGGAUACGAAAAACAGAGAUCACGCGUUUAGAUUAAAUUGGAAUUCGAUGUAUUCGUUUUAUUUAAUUGUAAGUGUAUGAACGGGUAUCGAUUGAAUCGAAACGUCGAAAGUUGAAACACGUUAGGGAGACUUUAAAUGAAUUAGCUAGCUCAAUGAUGUCUCAAUGCAUUUUUGUAGUGUUUUAUCCUUUUUGCCAUAAGACAGUAUGCAGAAAUCGUAUUUGCUAUGGACCUAUGCAACAUAUACUUAAAGGAUGCAGCUGUAAUGAUGCUUAACGUAGCAUGAAGGGAAAAGUUCCCUCAUUUUAACUAUUCUAUAUGUAUGUCUAUAUGAAAACUAUUUAUUUAUUUGCCUUUAAUCAGCGAAAUGUAAAAAGUAGUAGGGGUUCUUCUUUUUUUUAACUUAUUUAGAUAUAUAUUAUAUAUAUAUAUAUAAACGUCCAUUAUAUAGCUUUAUCGUAGAUAGAAAAACUUUUCAAACGUCAACAGUGUACUGUUGACUGCGCAAGGAAGAAACACCAAUUACGUUAAUUAAUGUAGAGCCAUUGUAGUUUCAGAUCAGCGCCUCGGCGAUGCGCUUUUCUGAACGCAUGGCACGACUGAGCGUAACUGUUACAUAUACUAUUGUAUAUGAUUAUAGAGAACACUUUUUGUUGGGAUCUUGUUAAUAGGUAUCCAAGCUUUCAGCUUUAAGUCGAAUGGUUACCUAGAGGUAUAGGUAAAUUAAGUGUGAAACCACGAUCGUAACGGAAGAAUUGAAUUGAUAACCCAUAACAUCACCUUGUAUUUUAUCGUGAUUUUAAAUACCUUCGAUGUCUUUUGCAACCGGAGUUUAACGUACGUUUAUAAUUUUCAACGAUGAAAGCGAGAAUUAUGCUUUCUUUCACGACACAUUCCGAUAGAGUGAAAGAAUCCGAUCAGAUUAAUUUUUUUAAGAAACGGAAAACACACUUGCCCCAUUCGUUACUCUUCGUUAAAUAUACCGAAACAUAAUAGAGUGCAUCAAGUUUUAAGAGAAUUGAGACCGCCUGUAAGAAUAUGGCUGUCCGUGUGACUCGUAUUAUAGGAUGAAUGAAUAUCUAUACUUAACAUUUCUCUAGUCGUUUCAAGCAAUUUACUUAUUUCACUUCGUUAUUCGUCAAAAUAUUAUCUAGUCCUCGUCAGUGAUGUAAUAAUAUAUCACAAACUGACCAAUUAUGCAAAAUUUAAAUACAUUCAGUUGUUUGAUUAUAAUACGUAACGUAAAAUUUUGUAGGUUAUUCCUAAGAUAUUUAAUUCCUUUUUCCCCCAAACGGAUAAAACACGUGCUAUUAUUAAUCAACAUAAGUGGACCAAUUAAAAAGCAGACAAAUUAACUUUCUUUUGAUUCGAUCUCGUUCCUAAUAAUUGUAGGUUAUUGUAUCAAUGAAGAGGACCGGAAUAAUUGGUCGAAAACAUUUUGAUGCAUAAAAAAAGUUAAGUAAAUGAAAAGAUUGCUUGAAACGAAUAUAGGAAUGUUAAGUUGAUUUUUCCCCCUUACAAACAAAAAUUUAAUCUGAAUGAAUAUUUGCUUAUUAACGUUUCUCCGGUCUCUCGUUUUAGUACUAAAUGUCUUGUAUACAAUACUCGGCGGCAAAGCUAUGAUAUAUGCUUAAGAGAUUUUAAAAUCUGUCAUCUGCAUGUUAACGCGUUCUACGUGCGAUUGUAACAGUCGUGCGCAUUUAUUAUUCACGUUGAAAAGGCCUAAGCAGUUAAUAGUUGGUGUCGGUCUAUAAGCAUACACAGUUAAUUAAAUCUUACAAAUACUUAGACACCGUGAACAAAGGCAAACAAAAGCCGUUAUUAGUCUUGAAAUGUAGUUAGAAGUUUGCUAUUAUAUAUAAAUCUGAUAAACAGUCGUCAAUUUCGUGACAUGCACCAAAUAUACAUACGUAAACGUAGCUUUCGAUGACGAAAUCACAGGAGCCAACCAGACGUUGAAACUGUUCUGUGGAUAGAUGCACUCCCGUUAAUCUCAAACCGUAAACAGUGGAAGAAAAAAAAUACAAAGGAAAAAAAGAAUCAAUCUUAGCUACAAAUUUUUUAACAAAGCAUAUUGCUGCGCCGAUGACACACGAAAGGGUAUAAAUGCGACGAAUACACUUUGGAUUUAUUUCGACGUGAAUCCGUGCGUGCGAGCGUGUACUGGUGUGCGUGAUCGAACACAUUUCUGUUCAAAUAGUUGAUACAUAUAAAUGAUUCGUCUAAUCUAAGGCUAAGAGGAACUUUAUUAACGUUGUAAAUAGUUUGAUUGUACUCAUAAUUUCUUGUAUGUACGCGAGUGUCUUCUAUUAUUCGUAAUUGUAUAUAUACAGUAUUAUCUCUGUAUUAACUUUACGCAUGACGUGUUAAGCUCAUACAUCUUUAAGUUUAUUCAAAUUAUUGUGAUGCCAUGUUACGUUCUCGCAUAAUAGACAACAAUCCGUUGUACAGAGACUCCAAAAAUCAUGCAACAAACGGAUAAACUAAAACGUAACAAAGGAAAUCGAAAAGUCUGUUUGUCGUUUUAUCAUCUGAUGCUUUGUUCUCAAGAUGUGGGUCAUUUUUGGUAAUUGAACUUCGAACGCAAAAAUGCAUCGAUUGGUCAGAGAUUUCUUGGAAUGUUUACUGUUAACGGUACAUGGCAGAUAAACGUGCAUAAACACUUGAUAUUAAUACGGUAGAAGUUGAUCACCAAACCAUUAAUUGUUUGUAUCUUGAAAAGCAAAAACUCAGAUUUGCAAAGUGACAAAAGUAUUUUCGAUUUCUUUCGUUUCAAGGUAUUCGCAUAUUUUUACUUCUCACAUAAUUUCACGGCAACUUUAUUACGUUCGAUUUUAUUUUUUCUGUACUUUUUCUUUAAUACAAUCAUUGUCAUUUUUUUUCUGGAGUUCAAUUGCAGUUUUUCGUUCGUAUCGCACCAUCAACAUCCUACAUGAUUCCUGACACGAAUGUAUUCGUACAUUAAUUGUAUUGCUGUUUUUUAAAGAAUUCUGUUAAUAGUUCCUUUUAACACGGUUCCCUUGAAAGUCUAUUUAAAUGUAACGCAAUUGUAUCGAUCGACGUUGCAUUUAUUUUCUAUCGAUUCUUUCUCAACAUAUUGUUGACAACAUUUUCGUGUAUAUUACAAGUAAACGUGUAAGCAUUCAGUUUUAAGGUUACGCUAACACUAACAAAACAUGAGUGAGAUAAAACAGAGAAUAUGCAACGAAAAUCUUAGACUCGGUCAGUCUACUAGAUAAAAACGCUAAGUUAUUUCGCGCUAGGCGAACAAACUGUGAAGAAAGUGAAUUGAUUUUAAUAAUUAGAUUGAUAAUAAGAUACUUUUGAGGUAUUUCUCUAUGUACCUAGUUGUGGCUAUAUUAGAAGCAUUCAAAAUGUCCUCUACUUUUUGUAUUUUGAAACUUAACCUUUUUUGUUAAAUCUAUCGUUUCGUUCUAACCAAAACAGACAUCAGUUUCAUACUCAUAUGCGAUAGAAUUAUAAAUUGCUUUACAAAUCUGCAGGCAAUGAGCAAAUCAAAUUUAGGAUUAGUAAUUAAGAUUUUGUAAUCGUCUGGGCAACAGGUAAUACGAGAUUCCCAGUAAUAUUUUCGAAAGAAACGAACAUGCAUUUUUGCAAAAAUUUAUGCAAACACUUCAACUGUUGCGUGUAAAUCGUGUAUGUCUCCCCUAAGGCAAAAGAAUAGUUUUAUAUUAAAAUAUCCUCUUCUGACCACUUUUUGGACUUAAUAUACCGACAAAAACAAAAAUAUUUUUUUAUGCAUAAAUGUUAACCGUGCGAUUGCGUGAAACAGACGACGUAAAAAGACCCGCCCACUGCGUGUUGAUAAAACACACGCGACAGUUAAAGUGUUAAUGCGCUAAAAAUAGCUACGUCUUCAACAAUUACGAGGCAUAAUAUCAAAAUGACAAAAUUCACCGAGAUUUCACUUUUUCAAUGUGACCUGCAAUGAAUCUAAUUUCCCUGCGAUUAAUAGCUUGAUCUUACUAUCAAAUUUAUCUUAUUAUCAAUUAUCUAAUUUACUUUAAAUUGAUAGAUUGAUCUUCGCGACUGCAUCCUUUCAACUCUGAUUAGCCAAGCAUACCCUAGCAUAGGCACAAAUGUAAAACUGUGUUUUUUCGAUCGUCUGCUGAACGUAGAUACUAACAAACAUAGCUUUUCGAGGAAACAGUCUGUAAACGAAAAUGGACUCUAAAGCAAUCGCUGUUAAACUUACUCUUACGACCGCAAGGAUUCUGAUGUCGCGAAACGUCACGACGCUAUUUCAUUACCGCAUAUAUCAGUACUUCCAUGGCGAGGGGUAUUUGCACUUUUAACAAUACGAUGUACAUAUAUAUAUAUAUACAUGCAUAUAUAUACGAAUUUAGCGAUCGAACGAUUUCAUCGAUCUCUUAUUGUAUAUUUUCGAAGGAAAAGAGAAACGUUCCAAACCGAAUAGGCUCAAAUCAAAAGCAACAGUUUCGUCGCGUGGCCACGAAUCGAAACAGAAAUUGACGAUUGCGCGUUUGAAAUCUAUGCAGAAUUGUACGUCAAAUAACUCUCGCCGAACUUGAACUUAACGAUGGUCUGAAUUCAUCGUUGUAACAAGGAAACAAUAAGUAAUAUUCUUAGCGAAUAUCGAUAAGCAUCAAACAAGUAAUAAUUACUAUUAAUGUGUUACUGAUCUCUUAUCGAAACAAAAUAUAUGUGUAACUUAACAUUAAAUAGAUAUGGUGGUAAGUAUUAGAAAGUACGGAUAACCUAAACUGGCGGUGAUUGUCGAUGCUCUGUUCGGUACUAGACGAUAGUCUUUUUCCACCAGAGCGUUAAUAAAUCAUCACAAUAAAAGCGACAUAUCCACGAAGCACGGUAUUACUGUUUGGGAACCAGUAAACUGAACAAAUUAAUCAAGAAGGGGGUUUCGAACGUAACAGUCGGUUUCGAAACGAUGUCUAUUUAAAUUCGAUUGUUUUUAACGAUGAUGUAAUUUGUUUGUUUGUUCAGCAGCAUACGAUACCGGUAAUUAAGUGGUUUUAUCGGGUAAAAAGAUAGAGAUUCGCGUAAAAGAACAAUAGCGUACAAUUGCACGCCGAAAUAAAAUUUAUUAACGAUACUGAAUGUGAUGCAUAGAUAGGCUAUCAUUCUACUGUAUAAUAAUUAUACGCAUAACAAAAUCCACAAAUGAUCAUUCGUUUGAAAGGUUAUAACUAACGGAAAUUUUUGAAAUCUACAUCGAUCUAUUUUUGAAAUGAUUAAUGAUUUAUCAAACGAACAUAAUUUUUGAUAUUCAAUUUAGAAUUCGUUGAUCGUAGAAUGGAAAUGUGAAUUGGAUGAUAAGUGGCGGGAAAAUGAUUUUUUUAAUCAGCUAAUCGGUAUUGUUUAAAUAAUCACACAUCAAAUGUACCUAUUUUUCGAGUAACUAUUUAUUAAAAACGUUACUGGAAUUGAACAUUGUUUAAUAAGAAAGAGAUAACAAUAGAAUGUUUUCAUUUUUAAAGAAUGAACGAUAUUCAAAUUAAUUUUGUUCUAUCACAAUAUUAAAAAUUAAAAAAUUCAUUCGUUUCUCCAGCAACAAGAGAAUACGAAUUUUUAAAAUUCAUGUUUUUUAAAUAUUUGUAUAAAAUUAGGUUAUUUGCAAUCCAUCGAUUGUAUAUGUAUAUGUUGCUGCUUCACACAAACAACAAAUUGCAUAACUCUCGUAACACUAUGCUUGAAAAUCCUCUGCGAAUGUUGUAUAUGAUGUAUUUCUUAUGAAACAAUUAACGGAUUAAUUAAAUCUAUUACGUUACACAUUUCGAUUGGAAAUUAUAAGAAUUACUCGGCGAUUUAAAUGUUAUCGCCAGGAGAUCGAAUAAUUCUAAUAAUUUCCAUUACAUGAACAUAAAUUCUUACUAUGAAUUUUGAUAGUUAAUUUAUUAAUUUCGAACUAUUAUUCAUGAUACAUCUUUGGAUUCAUCCCUUAAAUAAGCAGUACGUGAAGCAACAUUCAUUAUUAAUUCUACUUAAAUAUUUAUCUUAUUGCAAUAUACUUGAGUUUUUAUAAACGUAACAAUAAUUCUUCUUAAGUAUUAUAUUUUUAACAUGUAGUACCAUUAAUUGUGAAAUAGGAUAAUAAAAGUGAACGAAGACACUUCCUAACCUUUCUAAAAAAUAAACGUAAGUUUCUUUAUUGAAAAUAUUACGGUACAUUAUUUAGGGGAUUAAUUCCAAUCUUAUUCACAUUCAAAGAAUUACACCUGCGAAUCGAAAUGUACUGUAUAUCUCCGACCCUAACUGAGAUAGCGACAAAGAGAUAUCGAAAGACAUUUAUAUUAUGUGUGUCUCAUCUAUAGGAAUCCGUAUAGUCGGUAGAAGACAUAUAAAACACCGAUAUUUAACGAAAUUUGUCGCUUAAGAUUAUAUCCCCAUCUCUGGGCCCUCGUCUCCCUGCAUUUAUCAUGUCUCUUCUCGUUUACUUAAUUUACGAAUACAUUAUAUCUCUUCCACCAACUAUACACAUGUAGAACACUACUACCACAAAACAAAUAUAAUCGGUAAACGAGAUAUUGUGAGGUCAUAAAUUAAGUAAAAUAUAAAAUGUAAAAGGCAAACAACGGCAUGGACAAUUGUGUUCAGUAGCCAAAAGAAAGCUGACAAAUUAUCAUAACACGUAACCAGAGAUGAGCAAAAUUUUAUUCGAGUAAUAGAAUAAGACCAAGUAACGCAUAGAAAUUUAUUCGUGAUGUUUUAUUCGAUCGAACAGUUAAUAUUAACUUUUUAUCUUAUCAUUGUGAAAUACUUCGUGGUACGAAAUACGAUUGUAAUUUUCAUUUUUAUCUCGCAAGUAAGGGAUUGGCUAUUUACAUUUUAUUCGUUAUUCGAAAUAUACAUAUGUAUAUGAAGGUUAGAAUUUAGCUCAUCUCUGCACACGAGUAUGCUCGAGAAGUUCACUAUGUCGCUUCUACCGAUUGUACACGCGUAAUCGUGAAACGUACUGGAAACGAAACACAAUUCACUAAGCAUAUCAUUUGUAAGCGAAUAAUUACUAAUAACCAUUAUAUCCGACGUCCCUCUCAAUUACUCUCCACGAUGAGAAAGAAACAGCUAUAUCGACAAGAUACACGUAACGUUGUGCUCACGCCUUUAAUUGUGCGAUUUAUUACGUAGCCGAUCAUAUUUUUCUAUGCAUAUUUUUCUUACUCUGUGCCGUUUAACAGACGCCGUUAAAAAUCACGCGUUCAUUUAAUGCGAUCCACACGCGAUUAAUAUAUGUAUCUACGAUCAUUAUUUACGGAUCGCCGCGAAAUAUAUUUUUCUUUCGUUCUCAGUCCUGUGACUACCGAGUAUGUUGAAUAUUUAUAUACGCACGAAGUUUUCGAACGAAUGUUGUUGCUUUUCUUUUUCCUUUUUUUUUUUGUAAUAGGUGUAUGAAGAAGUGAAAUAAAAAUAUGUUAGAGCCAAAAUGCACAAUGAUUGCACUGUAGCGACGUGUGAAUAAUGGAUAACAUGAUGUGAAAAUCUGUGAACAAAUCA